AUGCCACUCUAUCGCGCGUCUUCCGGCUUGGACGACAUCCUCAACCGUCCAGAAGACGCAAUAGUAGAUCAGCUGCUCUCCAACCCUCUUUCGACAAUUGCGAGAUAUCUCAAUGACUUCUUCCCCGUUUCGCACCCCGUGGUGUAUGUUGACGAUGACGACGACGCGGUGACCGUGGUCUGCAUCUCGGACACGCACAACACCCAGCCGCGCCUGCCGCCAGGGGACAUCCUCGUUCACGCGGGCGACCUGACGGCAUCAGGGACUGAAAAGGAGCUACAAGAGACUCUGGACUGGCUGAAGAAGCAGCCCCACCGGUACAAGGUCGUCGUCGCAGGAAACCACGAUUUAUGCCUAGAUGAAAAGUACAGACGUACGCACGGCACAGGCAACGGGUUCAGAAUCGACGGGCUGUCGAAAGGCGACGAGGACUUGCCAACAACACACAGAGAUGAUGACGACGGCGGCAGCGACGGGCCUCCUCCUCUUCUGGACUGGGGCGACAUCAUUUAUCUAAACCGUACCUCAACGACCCUCACGCUGCCCCACCGCCGCCGCAACGACGAGAGCAAGACGUACAGCGACCGCGAGGUCCGCGUCUACGGCAGCCCCUACACCCCGCGCCACGGCACCUGGGCCUUUCAGUACCCGCGCUCCGCCUCCGCCCCGCGCCCAAACGACGUCGACGACGACGACGACGACCCUUGGCGCGGCGCCGUGCCUGCCGGUACGGACAUUUUGGUGACCCACGCGCCGCCAAAGGGCCACAUGGACGAUCCGCGCGGGAACUGGGGGUGCGAGAUGCUCCUCCGCGAAGUCUGGCGGGCGAGGCCGCGGCUGCACGUCUUUGGGCACGUGCACUGCGGGCACGGCAGGGAGGCGGUCGCGUUUGAUGGGUUGCAGGCGGCGUAUGAAAAUGUCGUCUUGCUGGAAGCUUUGGCGAUGGCUGGCGGGGGCGGCAGCGAUGGUGGUUUUCGUGGUGUGGGUGGUGCGGUGACGGCUGGGGCGAGGGCGAUACUUGCUCUGGGUUGGUGUUUCUGGGCGUGGGUAUGGCUGCUGUGGUGGCGAGGGGGCCGGAGGGGAGCGGGGAGGACGGUGUUUGUGAAUGCCGCUGCUGUUGGAGGGAUUCGGGACCGAUUGGUGAGGGAGGCUAUCGUCGUAAGGAUAUAA